CUGAACGUGUUCAACCUUCUCCAAGGUUCCAAGAAGGCCACGGAUCCCUCCCAGUUCGACAUCAACGUCUAUCUGCAAAAUAAAGUCGGUGCCAAGGGCAAGUGCCGUCAUUGUGGGCGUGUCGUACCCUGGGCAAGGGCUCGCGUCAUCUCGCACAAGCGUGCGAACUGUUACGGUAUAUCGUCGGCGGAGAAGGCAUUCUAU